AUGACGGCAACACCGAACAAAUCCCUCGGCCACGUCGUCGUGACGGGCGGCUGCGGCUUCCUGGGCCACCAUAUCGUCAAGCUGCUGGGCGAGCGGUACCCAUCCUCGCGCGUGUCCGUGCUCGACCUGCGCACAACGGCCAACCGGCUCCCCAACGCAUCCUACCACGACGGCGACAUCACCGACGCCGCCGCGCUGAACGAGCUCUUCGCGACGAAGCUGUCCGGCGCCGACGUCGUCAUCCACACGGCGAGCCCGCACGCGGUCGGCGUGCCCGACGAGGUGCUGCGCAAGGUGAACCUGGACGGCACGAGGAACCUGCUGGACGCGGCGAGGAAGGGGGGCGUGAAGGCGUUUGUGUAUACGAGCAGUGCGAGCGUGGUGUUUGAUGGCGUGAUUGAGCUGGUGAAUGCGGACGAGAGGUACCCGAUUGUGGCGGGCGAGGGACAGCCGAGUUACUAUACGACGACGAAGGCAUGGGGCGAAUCCGCCGUCCUCGAAGCCAACCGCAAGACCCCAGCCGGCGACGACACGAAAUCGCCGCUCCUCACCUGCGCCAUCCGGCCCGCCGGCAUCUUCGGCGAAGGCGACGUGCAGCUGAUCCCGCCCAUGCUCGGCGCCUACUUCCGCGGCCAGUCGCGCUUCCAGCUCGGCGACAACACCAACCUCUUCGACUUCACCUACGUCGGCAACGUCGCGCACGCGCACCUCCUCGCCGCCGCCGCGCUGCUCGCCACCCACGCCCUCGCGCCGACCCUGCCCCUCGACACCGAGCGCGUCGACGGCGAGGCCUUCUUCGUCACAAACGACCAGCCCGUCCCCUUCUGGGACUUCGCCCGCGCCGUCUGGCGCCGCGCCGGCCCGCCCGUCGCCCCCUCGAGCACCUGGGUCCUGCCCAAGGACCUGAUGAUGCCCGUCGGCGCCCUGCUCGAGUGGGCCUGCUGGCUGCUCGGCCGCACCCCGAACCUCACCCGCGACCAGGUCCGCUACAGCACCGUGCGCCGCUACUACUGCAUCGACAAGGCCAAGCGCAGGCUCGGCUACCGCCCCAUCGUCGGCUUGGAGGAGGGCGUCCGCAGGGGCGUCGACGAGGUCUUGAGCAGGGAUGGCCCGGAGUGGGCGUGGGUGCGCGGCGGUGGGAAGAAGCCGUCGCCGGUGAAGGCGUGA